CUCCCUCCGCAGCAGCCGAGCCGGACCUGCCUCCCCGGGCGUGUUCCGCCAGCCCCGCCGCCGGCCCGCAGCGACAGACAGGCGCUCCCCGCAGCUCCGCACGGGACCCAGGCCGCCGGACCCCAGCGCCGGACCUCCCUCCGUCCGCCCCGAGGAGUUUGCCGCCUGCCCGAGCACCUGCGCACAGAUGGAGCUGGACCAGCGGACGAGCGGCGGGCUCCACGCCUACCCCGGGCCGCGGGGCGGUCAGGUGGCCAAGCCCAACGUGGUCCUGCAGAUCGGGAAGUGCCGGGCCGAGAUGCUGGAGCACGUGCGGCGGACGCACCGGCACCUGCUGGCGGAGGUGUCCAAGCAGGUGGAGCGCGAGCUGAAGGGGCUGCACCGGUCGGUGGGGAAGCUGGAGAGCAACCUGGACGGCUACGUGCCCACGAGCGACUCGCAGCGCUGGAAGAAGUCCAUCAAGGCCUGCCUGUGCCGCUGCCAGGAGACCAUCGCCAACCUGGAGCGCUGGGUCAAGCGCGAGAUGCACGUGUGGCGCGAGGUGUUCUACCGCCUGGAGCGCUGGGCCGACCGCCUGGAGUCCACCGGCGGCAAGUACCCGGUGGGCAGCGAGUCGGCCCGCCACACCGUUUCCGUGGGCGUGGGGGGUCCCGAGAGCUACUGCCACGAGGCGGACGGCUACGACUACACCGUCAGCCCCUACGCCAUCACCCCGCCCCCAGCUGCUGGCGAGCUGCCCGGGCAGGAGCCCGCCGAGGCCCAGCAGUACCAGCCGUGGGUCCCCGGCGAGGACGGGCAGCCCAGCCCCGGCGUGGACACGCAGAUCUUCGAAGACCCUCGAGAGUUCCUGAGUCACCUAGAGGAGUACUUGCGGCAGGUGGGCGGCUCUGAGGAGUACUGGCUGUCCCAGAUCCAGAAUCACAUGAACGGGCCGGCCAAGAAGUGGUGGGAGUUCAAGCAGGGCUCCGUGAAGAACUGGGUGGAGUUCAAGAAGGAGUUCCUGCAGUACAGCGAGGGCACCCUGUCCCGAGAGGCCAUCCAGCGCGAGCUGGACCUGCCGCAGAAGCAGGGCGAGCCGCUGGACCAGUUCCUGUGGCGCAAGCGGGACCUGUACCAGACGCUGUACGUGGACGCGGACGAGGAGGAGAUCAUCCAGUACGUGGUGGGCACCCUGCAGCCCAAGCUCAAGCGUUUCCUGCGCCACCCCCUGCCCAAGACCCUGGAGCAGCUCAUCCAGAGGGGCAUGGAGGUGCAGGAUGACCUGGAGCAGGCGGCGGAGCCGGCCGGCCCCCACCUCCCGGCGGAGGAUGAGGCGGAGGCCCUCACGCCCGCCCCCAACAGCGAGUCCGUGGCCAGUGACCCGACCCAGCCCGAGUAGAGGGCAUCCCGGGGCCCCCAGCCUGCCCACUACAUCCAGCCUGUGGCUUUGCCCACCAGGACUUUUGAGCUGGGGCUGACUCCUGCAGGGGAAGCCCUGGUCCAGCUGGGUGCCCCCUCGGGCUCCGGGCGGACUCGCACACACUCGUGUCAUCCAGAUGUGAGCACCGCACCCAGCGGCAAAGAGCCCUCUCCCCUGCAGGGCUCCGCCCAUCACCCUCCCUCCGUCUGUCUUCCCGGCCUGGACCCCCCCGUCCACACUCUCAGGCCAUCACAGAACACCCCAGCUUCCUCAUUCUGCUACAACGCCCAGGCUGUCUGGACAUCCAGAAAACCAAGUGUCCGGAUGGCAGGGGCCAGCGGCCACCAAGCUCAUGGGACACCCAGAGCAGAAGCUAGGGCAGAGCCAACGCUGAGGGAGCCUCGACUUCCGGCGCCGCCGCCCUCUCCCGGCAUCCGCAGAGCCAGCUGACGCCCUCCCUGCCUCCCAGGGCAGCUGGCCAGCCUCGGGCAGCGCGGCCCCCUCCUCCCAGGGGAGAGUAGAAGUCGCACACGCAGCAGCAGCAGACCUGAUGUCCUGGUGCUUCCUGGCCCCUCAGCUCCAGUGAUUCACGCCUGCCUGGAGAAGAAUCAGAGCUCAGCUCAUGACUCACCCGUGGCAGGCGGAGGGUCCCAGAGGGGCUGAGUCCUCAAAUCCGACUGAGGCAGCAGCCGGCACCAUCGGAGCCAGGAGAGUGACAACAGGUCUCAAGGUUCCCACAAAGUGUUUGCUGCUGUGCUGGGCACCACCCACCCCUCACCUUGCAGGCUGCCUGCGUGGGAGGCGAAGUCCCAGGA